AUGUCGGAAAUAGUUAUAGAACAAACCCCUCCUAUCCUUCAAGGCCCUUCCGACAAGGAGAAGAAAUAUGACCGACAACUGCGAUUGUGGGCAGCUUCAGGACAAGAAGCCUUAGAGAAUGCCAAUUUAUUACUUUUGAACUCGGGUUGUGGUACAGUUGGUGUUGAGACAUUAAAGAAUUUAGUUCUUCCAGGCAUUGGAAAGUUCACAAUUGCAGAUGAGGCACUUGUAAAUGAGGCUGAUUUGGGGGUUAAUUUCUUUCUAGAUGAGGAGAGCUUAGGACUUUCGAGGGCAGAACAUUGUGUGAAACUUCUACAAGAACUCAAUUCAGAUGUGAAGGGGGACUGGUAUCCGAAACUCAAGGAUGACAAAUUGCACCAAGUCUUCGAGGCAGACCAAAAAGAAAAUUAUACAUUAAUAUUAUACUCGUUUCCUAUCGAUCCCAAAAUCCUCGCUCUUGCAGAAGAAUACAGCGUAGCCCACAAAGUUCCGCUCAUCAGCAUACAUUCGGCCGGAUUUUACUCAUAUUUUAAGACGUAUCUACCAGGAAACUUUCCUAUCGUCGACACUCAUCCAGACUCGACGGCCACAACAGACUUGCGGCUCUUGAAGUCGUGGCCAGAACUUUCGAAUUUCGCUGCAGAUCUGACCAAAAAUAUCGAUACCCUCAGUGAUCAUGAGCAUGGACAUAUACCUUACCUAGUUCUGCUCUUACAUUUUCUGAAGAAAUGGAAAGAAGAGCAUGGCCAAUACCCAAUUACUUACAAGGAAAAAACUGAGUUUAGGACGACGGUUUCAAAUGGUACAAGAAGAAGUAAUGCCGAGGGUGGAGAGGAGAACUUUGAUGAAGCUGUUGCAGCUGUGCUGAAGAAUAUAUCUGUACGAGAUUUAGCUAGUUCCGUGAAGGAGGUCUUCGAGUACAAACCGACCGAGGUAGAAUCGGAAUCGGAUUUCUGGAUUAUAACCGAUGCUGUCAAAAGAUUCUAUGCAAAUCAUAAUGAGCUCCCACUUCCAGGAUCUGUUCCAGACAUGAAGGCCCAAUCAAAUAUAUAUGUACAACUCCAAAAUAUCUACAAGGCAAAAGCUCGCCAAGAUGUUCAGGAAGUACUAGAGACUAUUCGGGCACAUCCACGUGGCAAUAAUAUCAAGGUGGAGGAAGUGGAGGUAUUCUGUAAGAAUGCUGCUUUCGUCAAGCUUAUCCGAGGCUCGGAUCCGACGACAGACUUGCAAAAGAUAGCAGAGUCAGAGUUUGAAAAUGAUGACAAUGCCCCUAUGACAAUGAUACCAUUGUCAAAUUUUCCAAUCUAUUUGAGUCUCCGUGCAACUUCACAUGUACAAUCAGCUACUUCAUCCGAGAUCCUAGCCCAAAUCGAAACAGAAAUUCCAAAAGCCUCUUCCAAUCCACGUGUCAGCAAAGUCGCUGAAGAAGUAGCACGAGCCAAAGGUGGAGAAUUACACAUCAUCUCUUCAAUAACAGGGGGAAUGGUAGCACAAGAAAUCAUCAAAAUCAUCACACAACAAUAUGUACCGAUCGACAACACAUGCAUAUUCGAUGGGAUCACGAGUAGGACACAAGUUCUGAGGAUCUCUGAGCCAAUCAAAAUUACAGAAUCCUCGAUUAGCGAAUAG